AUGAAUUUCAGCAAGUCGGGCGAUUUCAAUGGUCCGUCCCGUAACAGCAACUCCGGUUCCGUGGACGAGCUUGUGAUAACGUCGACAUUCGGGACGCUGCUGUCGGUGGUUUACAUCGUCGGGGUUUCGGGAAAUGUCUAUACGCUGGUGGUCAUGUGUCAUUCCAUACGGUUGGCCACUUCGAUGUACAUCUCCAUUAUUAACCUGGCGCUUGCGGAUCUCCUUUACCUCUCCACUAUCCCGUUCGUGGUGUGCACGUACUUUCUGAAGGACUGGUACUUCGGGGAUGUGGGCUGCAGGAUCCUUUUAACUCUGGACCUGUUAACUAUGCACGCGAGCAUCUUUACUCUGACAGUAAUGUGCAUGGAGCGCUACCUGGCAGUGACUAAACCUUUAGAUACUGUGAAACGCUCCAAGAGCUACCAAAAAUCCAUGGCGUGGGGCGUUUGGAUGUUAUCUCUCGUAUUAACUCUUCCCAUGACGGUCAUGGUUACUCAGACUACUAAAAAAGCCGCAGACGGAGAGGUGAAAAGGAUGUGCGCGCCCACCUGGGCACCACAGGCGUAUACAAUUUACCUGACUGUCCUGUUUUGCACCAGCAUAAUGGCGCCAGGGCUGGUUAUUGGUUACCUGUACACUAGAUUAGCCAGGACUUACCUGGAGUCUCAAAGGACAGCCAUUAAUAAAGGCAGCAAGCGCUCGCCAAAGCAGAAAGUUCUCAUUAUGAUUUUCACCAUCGUGCUUGUGUUCUGGGCGUGCUUUCUGCCCUUCUGGAUUUGGCAACUCGUGCCGCUGUAUCACAAGCCGUUCAGUCUCGCGUCACACACGCACACAAGCAUUAAUUACCUCGUGGCGAGUCUGACCUACAGCAACAGCUGCAUCAACCCUUUUCUGUACACACUCCUCACUAAAAACUAUCGGGAGUAUCUUAAAAACCGUCACAAGAGUUUUUACCGCUACACGUCAUCUUUUAAAAAGCGCCCACCGAGUUUGUACUCCUGGGGAAAGUCUGCGUCAUCCAGUAAUCAGUUUGAGUUCAACUCAGAGACGCUUGUCAUGGCGCAGUUAAAGGUGCAGUGACGUGGAGAGGGAAGCCUUAUCCCGUUCAUUUGCAGUGGUUAAAAGAUAAAACUGCAUGCAUCUUUGCAGAAGAACAUUGUUUUGGUAAUGACGCAAGUUGUACUUCGGCUCUGCUCUUCUGCACGGAUGAAUGUGGUUCGAGGCACCAGUGUACACAUGGAUACAGGACAUCUUAUCAGAGUGAAUGGACAAAUAAAGAAAGAAAGAAAGAAAGAAAGGAAAAGACGGAAAACCCGAAAACAUGUUAUCUGAGCAGGGUGCCUGUCACUCAUCGGUCCCCUUGAGCCAGAUGGAUUCUAUGGCAGGGAGGGGUUACUGAUGGCAUAAUCAGGGUCACAUGUGAAGGACACCGUAAUGGCGUAUCGUGUGCCUCAUUCAACCUUCUCCACAUGGUGGAGGUUCUCAAAACCAGAUAAGAAAAACGAUACCCGAUCUGAAGGAGAUGAAAGGAAACGGACAAUCAAAAAGAGAAAUGGAAUUGUUCACACAAACAGCUGAACAAUGCAUAUGGAACAUGUUAAUGUUAGGCCAAAAAUAGUUUAAAGAUAGUUUUAUACAGAUGUUUUUCAUGAUCAGAUCUUGACGUUUUAAGUAAUUUCUGAAAAGGAAUAUUCACCCAAAUAUGAAAGUGAUGUCAUCGAUUACUCAUCCUCAUGUUGUUCCAAACCUAUCUGACACUCUUUCUUCCAUGGAAUACAGAGGAUGAUGUUAAUUAUGCUAGUCUCAGUCACCAUUCAAUUCCAUUGCAUCUUAAUUUUUUCCAUACAAUAAAAGUGAAUGGAGACUGAGGCUGUCAUUUCGCAUACAUCUCCAUUUGUGUUCCACAAAAGAAAUUAAGUCAUACAAGUUGGAACACAAAUUUAAAAGCUGAAUUAUGUAAUGUUUUCAUUGUUGAAAUACUUUCUUCUAUCCCAGCAUAAUAUGCAGAGACAACUAUAAGUAUAAUUUUCUCAAAAACUGUAAACACGGUGUCUGUAGCACUUUAAAAAUUAUGGUGUUUGUUUUGAGUGGCCCACUUAGAUCCCACAUAGCAACGUUAUUCAACCAAUGGUGUGAGUUGGGGGCGGGACUAUCUCUUUGUUUGACCAAUGGCAGAUGAAGGGUGUAUUCAGAUAGCUGUUUUGAAAACAUUGUUUAUUUUUGCAAUUCAAUUCAGUGGCACAAGUGUCACAGAAAUUACAUACUUCAGCUUUAAAGGUGAGAAAAUUAUUAUUUUUGGGUGAACUAUCCCUUUAAAUGUUUGUUUUUCAUGGUAGCCAGGAUAAGGCAAAUAUGACUGCUGAUGGUAUGUGUAUCCAAAUCAUUCCUAGAAUUUGGUGCUGAGAAAAUUACUAAAACGUUCUAAUUUUGUUCAGUGGGAGUGCUUAAAAAGAUUCAAUUUUAAUAAGCAAAAGGAGGCUAUACUUGAUGUUUAUGUAAAUUACCUCCAUUAUGUCAACCUGGUGCUGACCUUUGUAGAACUUUCUUGAUCAUAAAAGUUGUACUGAAUCUCAUUAAAUAUUAAUGUUUGUCCAAAAAGUCAACUUUUAAAAAGUGUGCAUGUGCAAAAUUCGCUGAAUAAAUGCUCUGUGGUGGAUGGCACUGCUGGAGGACCUUCCGUAAUGCAACACAGAUCCUGUAAGCUGGAAGAAUGCAAAUCAGUAGUUUAAGGCAAUUUGGAAUACUGCAUUGAAAUAAAGAUAGAAGCUUUGCAAUGCACACAGCUAAAGCAGAGGAAUGACUAACAAAACAGCAUGGUCUGUGAUUUAGGACAGGAGACAUGGUCGAAUGUCAAUAGAGCAUGACUUUGUAAUGCACAAAUCAACAUGCCCAGUUAGCGAAGAGCAAAUGUGUUUUCUCAAUGUACUUUUUAUAAGAACGGGUCCAUGGGGAACCUAUAAUAUAUUGCAAAACAAACAUGCAUUUAAAUAGCAACCACUAAUUUGAAAGAGAGGACUGAAGAUAAUGCACUACAGCUAUGCACUUUUUACAAACCCCCCAAAAACCCAAAGUUCAUGUCCUUUCAGUUGCAUGUCAAUGCUGUUAUCAUACCAUGAAAUGAUGGAAGAAAAAAAUGUCGUUUGAGCUUUUUGACAUUAAAGAUUAAACCCAUUAAUUUUUAUUUUAUUUUAUUUUUUUAUGUUCAAAGAAAUAAAUCAAACAAGCUGUUAUAUGGCAAGAAAAAAGCAUAUAAAAAAAGUAA